CUUGCUCCCCUUUCCUCACCCCCUCGCAGCGCCGCGGCCCACUAGCUCCAGCGGUCGGCGGAGCGGGCGCGCGCCGGGGUCGCGCGGCUGCCGAAGGGGGCGGGCGCGCGCCGGAGGAGUGGAGGCGUCGGGGGGCGGGGGACCGCUCGCUUGCUCGCAAGAUGGCGGACGAGGACGGGGAAGGGAUUCACCCCUCAGCCCCGCACCGGAAUGGAGGCGGCGGCGGGGGGUCUGGGCUCCACUGCGCCGGGAACGGUGGCGGGGGAGGCGGCGGCCCGCGGGUCGUGCGCAUUGUCAAGUCCGAAUCCGGCUACGGCUUCAACGUGCGGGGCCAAGUGAGCGAGGGCGGGCAACUGCGGAGCAUCAACGGGGAGCUGUACGCGCCGCUGCAGCAUGUGAGCGCCGUGCUGCCCGGGGGGGCGGCCGACCGGGCCGGGGUGCGCAAAGGGGACCGCAUCCUGGAGGUGAACGGCGUGAAUGUUGAGGGGGCGACACACAAGCAGGUGGUGGACCUGAUCCGAGCAGGCGAGAAGGAAUUGAUCUUGACAGUGUUGUCUGUACCUCCUCAUGAGGCUGACAACCUAGACCCCAGUGACGACUCCUUGGGACAAUCAUUUUAUGAUUACACAGAAAAGCAAGCAGUGCCCAUAUCGGUCCCCACAUACAAACAUGUGGAGCAGAAUGGUGAGAAGUUUGUGGUAUACAACGUUUACAUGGCUGGGAGGCAGCUGUGUUCUAAGCGGUACCGGGAGUUUGCCAUACUGCACCAAAACCUGAAGAGAGAAUUUGCCAACUUUACAUUUCCUCGACUUCCAGGAAAGUGGCCAUUCUCAUUAUCAGAACAACAGUUGGAUGCCCGGCGUCGCGGGUUGGAAGAGUAUCUAGAAAAGGUGUGUUCAAUCCGCGUCAUUGGUGAGAGCGACAUCAUGCAGGAGUUCCUGUCUGAAUCUGAUGAGAAUUACAACGGUGUGUCUGAUGUAGAACUGAGAGUAGCAUUACCGGAUGGAACAACGGUUACUGUCAGAGUUAAAAAGAACAGUACUACUGACCAAGUGUACCAGGCUAUUGCAGCAAAGGUUGGCAUGGACAGUACAACAGUGAAUUACUUUGCUUUAUUUGAAGUGAUCAAUCAUUCCUUUGUACGUAAGCUGGCACCUAACGAAUUUCCUCAUAAACUCUACGUCCAGAACUAUACAUCAGCUGUGCCAGGCACCUGCCUGACCAUUCGCAAGUGGCUCUUUACAACAGAAGAAGAAGUCCUUUUAAAUGACAAUGACCUUGCUGUUACGUACUUCUUUCAUCAGGCUGUUGAUGAUGUAAAGAAAGGUUACAUUAAAGCAGAAGAGAAGUCUUACCAGUUACAGAAGCUAUAUGAACAAAGGAAGAUGGUCAUGUACCUCAACAUGCUAAGGACCUGCGAGGGCUACAAUGAAAUCAUCUUCCCUCACUGUGCCUGUGACUCCAGGAGGAAGGGGCAUGUUCUCACGGCCAUCAGCAUCGCGCACUUUAAACUUCACGCCUGCACUGAAGAAGGGCAGCUGGAGAACCAGGUAAUAGCGUUUGAAUGGGAUGAGAUGCAACGAUGGGACACAGAUGAAGAAGGAAUGGCCUUCUGUUUUGAAUAUGCGCGAGGAGAGAAGAAGCCUCGAUGGGUUAAAAUCUUCACACCAUAUUUCAAUUACAUGCAUGAAUGCUUUGAGAGGGUGUUCUGCGAGCUCAAGUGGAGAAAAGAGGAAUAUUAGUUAGAGACUGAUUAUCCCAUGUGAGCCAGGACAUUCUCCAGCGAGGCUGGCCUCUGGAUGGUGAAUGGGCUAUGCAAAAAAGCCCUGCUUCUCCCCUUGUGUAGAGGGUGGACACUGGCUGCAGGCUCUCCCGUCUCUCAUGACUUCAUGGACCCUCUUCUGCCUGUUUGUUUGAUUUUUGUUGUUGUUGCUGCUGCUGCUGUUUGAUUUUUAAUCAGUAACCCUCCAUGCUGUUCCUGACCCAGGAGAGUGCCUGUCCAGAGUUUUAGCCAUCUGACUGGAGAAGUCACAGUAGUGUCUUUCUUCACUAACCAAGAACAUAAAUGUGGGGGAAAUUUUUUGCUACUGUUGUUUAUAGGUGUCAGUGCUGGAGCAGAAUUUAGAAAACUCUGUCUAAAUAUUUGGCUACUUACUCUGAAAGAAAAAUCAGAAAAUGAAGUAUAGUCAGUCAUGUGGAAGUUGAUGUUCUUGCUCUAGUAGAAAGAACAGUGGGCUCUGGAAGUCAUCUGGGAUUUCUCCUGCUUCUUUUGUCUGUGAUUUUGGGCAUAGCAACCACCUCCUUAGAUCUGAAUUAUCUCUUGUAAAAGAGGAAGACUGAGCCAGAGUCUAACUAUUCAGAGUCCUCUGUGAUGUGAGCGGCUGUGUUCAGUUGGAAUUGCUGAACCCGGUUGUCAGCCAAGCGUGCUGCUCCCAUCGUGUCGGAGGGUUGUCUCCAGAGCGGACGCCGUGCUGCUCCUCAGUAACUCUUCUUUUUUUUUUCCUUUCAGAAUAUUUUCCAGAUGGCGAGGUCACAGCAGAGAGAUGUGGCCACCUAGCCUUUCCUCAUCCCUUUAUCUUCUCUUUGCCCUCAGCCUCUUAGCCUUUCCGUCUCCCAUGUCAGACAGUAACCAUUAACACAAAAGAAGAAAAAAAGGAAAAAAAAGUCACUAUGUCCCAAAGUCCUAAGCUAAAUAUUAUUAAUUACUUCCUGUGAAUUUCCCAUCUCUGGAACUGAGCUGGUAGAGAGCAGGUUGAUAGGGCCAGAAGUCCACUGAGAUCAGACACACAAGCCCAGCCAACGCACCAAAGUCAUCUUUGUCGUUUAACCCGGGCCUCAUACCAACAGACUCUCCUUGUACUAUAUUUUUAAAACUGGAACUAUGAACUCCAUCCAUUUGCACUGUUCAAGCAUAUAUAUGUAUGUAUGUAUGUAAAAAUUAUAUAUACACAAAUUAGCUGCACGUAUAUACAUAUAUAUAUUUCUUUUUAAAUUUCAUAUUGAUGGCAGUACCUUUUUUAGCUUGUGUUUUUACACACCUUUCACGGAAUUCAUGACCUCUCUCUUGCUCUCUUUAUUUUGAAACAAACUUUAAAAAGGAAAAAAAAAAUACAGGGAAAAUACCUCUCCUCAUGAAGGACUCGAAAAGUUUACAACCUGCUUGGGUUUUCUUCCCUUUUUUGUAUUGAGUACAGUUUCUGGCUGUUGGUUUGCCAUAGAGUCUGAGGAUCGAGGAGUGUAGUGUCUUUAUCUUCAAGAGGGUGCUGAGGAGGAGAAAGGUUGUUUCUCAAGAGCAGUUGAGGCUGCAGGGAGUCUAAAGACCUAGAGUCUCGAUUCCAAGUCAUUUUCCUAGUCCAUCGAUCGACUUUGAGUCCGUCCUCCAUCUCCUUCCUGUUUCUUUAGGGUCUUUUAUUAUGCUUCCUUUUAACUGACUCAAAACAGAGUUUAGGGUAAUCUGAGGAAGUUGUUACCAUAGGAAACUUUUUCUUCUGCAACAGGGGUUGUAUCAGGACUAACCCUGACAUCAGAAGCACAGAGUUUGGACAAAUGGAGGGAAGGCAGGAUGGAAGCAGUGCCUCAUAUUUAUAAGGGCCUUACCUCCUCCAUUCCUGUUCAGUAACCAUCUACUUUUACAUCCUCUGUGAGUUCUUUAAACAGUUGUAUGUGGAGGGAGUGCCUUGGGUAAACUUAGAAUCUAGGUCUCUGCCAAUCAAAUCAGAGCCCUGUUCAUGACAGCUGAGGGCCCAAAAAGUGGGAAUAUGGUCAAUUUUAUUUUACCACCACCAUUUACUUCAAAGGAGACUGAAGAGAAAUCUCUUAAAGAGUUCUUUACCUAGAGCUGGGGCUGAGGCUGGGGCCGGGAGUGCUUGCUUAACCUGCAUAAAGCCCUAAAUUCCAUCCCCAGCACCACAUAAAAUUUGGGUGUUGGGGUAUUGUAGCACACACCUGUAAUCUCAGCACAUGGGAGGGGAAUGCAGGAAACUCAGAAUUUUCAAGUCCACCUCUCUGCUAACUAAUGAGUUCAAGGCUAUCCUGGAUCACAUGUCUCAAAAGUAGAAGCGUUCCUUACCCGCUCCUGCACGUGGACCUCCUAGGACUAAAAGCAGCACUUGGGACAGAGACCAGGCUGCCACUAGAGUAAUGUUCCCAAACCACGAGUGCAAGGAACUCUCAGGUUAGGUACAACUAAAACACAUCUUUGAAACUCUUUAUCUACUUUUCCUUCGAUACUGAAGCCUCCACAGGCUUCGUCUAUGGCUUUAUGUAGCUGAAAGGCAGCCAGAAUUGGAUGUAGUCGGCAGUGUUGGAUUUGGUUUAAAGUUUCUUUCAUGCCUUGGUUUUGCAGAGCAUUCAUUAUGAGGCUACUUUUCUGUCUCCAUUAUUCUGGCAGCCACUUGUCCUAGGAAGGUGUGAACACACCUUUUAGGACAGUCUAUCCCUCCCCUACCCAAACCCGUGGGACCACAAAGUACAAAAUAUAGUAGUGUUUAAAGUUGAAAAGGGCAGUACCUGAUUUGGAGGCUUUAAUCGGGAUCAAGUCUCCCUCUUGGCUUUAAUAAUGAGUCUGAGUACCUUAAGAGGGGGCAAGUUGAUUUCCUCUCCAAGAUGCUCUGGAGGCCAGAUGUGUUCAAACUGUAAAAAUAGCAACAUUGCAGCUAAUUCCCUCAGGAAGAGCCUUCCAGAGCAGAUUCGGGGCUUUGGAGGUCCUGAAGAGUCAGCCCCAGAUGUGUUGGGGUUAACAGAAUCUGUAGGAACAUCCUACUUUAGGUAGUCUUACUACCAGAACACCCAGCUGCAGCAGGGAGCCCAGAAGAGGAAGCUCCCAGAGGCUCCCAGUGGGGCUGCAGUCCUGGAGGAGGAGGUCACUGUGGCCUAGAGGGGCCACACAGGCCCACAGGAUCAAGUUCUUUUGCAUGAAGCAGUGUUAGAUGUAACUACUCUCUCCCCCAACCCCCUACACUUCCUUUCUCUAAUCCCUUCUAUGUUUCUUAGACCUGGCUUCUGCCUAGGAAGGCAUCUACAGUUUUUUGAGGGGGCAGUUUGUCUCUGGGGAAGGGACUUUCCCUCCCGGCUUCACUCCAGCAGAAUCUUCCUGGUCUCCAGCUGUUGUUUCCUGCACGUGGAGUCUCUGUUCUCUGAUACUAAAACUCAAGAGAUCUUUACGGAGCAGGAACCCACUUAGUCCCUGAGAAGCCCGGCGCUCUAGGAAGCUUUUCUCGGGCAGUGCUCUGAGCUUGCUGCUCUUUGUACUUUUAUCCUGGUCUCUCUGCCUUCCCCUUGCCCUUGCCGAAGCCUCAGCUCAGCACAGCUACAGUCAGUGUUCAGGGCAGCUCCCAGGCCUUGAAAGAGCUCUCAGGGAGGAACAAGGUAAAUGCUCUAGCAUCCUCUUGCCUGGCCCAUUUAAUUUUAUCCUUUAGUUACCUGGGCCAGUAGCUUUGAAUUAUCCCUUCAUUGCUCCAAACCCAAUGCCUGAAGCAGCAUAAUAGGGCACUGAUAAGAGGGAGCACCUCUCUCAUCUCAGACUUUCCAGCUUAAGGGCCAGCUCCCAGAGAGCAGUCUUCUUAAAGGGACCUACACGCAGUUGAGUUGAGCUAAAGUCUCCAGGAAUGGAGGUCCUUUCUGCCCUCCUGUUCAUUCUGCUGGCCAGAGGGAUGGCUUCAGCACACUGCUGCUCCUUCAUCAGUUGGGUGGGUUGCUUUAACUUCUUUUUGGAGGAGCAGCAGUAUGGCUGAAUACUUAGAGCCAGCCUCGGGAGGGAUGGCUUUUUUAGUCCUUGGUCUUGGAUCCCCCUUCAUCUAACCCUCAGCAUAUCUGCCAGGCUCCUUUACCUGGAUAACAGCAGCUUCUUUCUCAGCAGUAACUGAGGGUGCAUGGAAAUUAGGCCCUGAGGAGGAGCAACACAAGAGGGAUUGAUCCUGGUAGGAGCACUUGGUUAGCUGCUGACCAUGGGUGCCAACUUGUCAUCAUGCCCCCUUGUAAGCUGCUGAGCUGGGCUUCAGUUUUUCCCAGGCCAUGCACACUUAUAAUUUAUUUGAGAGAAACUAAUUGUAUUUUCACUGCAGUAUCUUGUACUUUUAUUUGUGAUUUACAAAAUGUGAAGAGAAAAUGCAGAGACCCACUGGCUCCAGUGUUUCUCCAGCCCCUGCUCUAGAGCUAACCACUCUAAGGUUGUUUGGUAAUGUCACUUAGUGUAAUUAAUUGUAACAUAUUCUUUUAAAUAAAUUGAUUUAUUGAUGAAACAAUU